AUGGCUUCUAUGGGCUUGUUUGAAGCAUUCAUCUCUCUUUUUUUCUUUCUCAUCUUCUAUCACUUUAUCAUCAAGAAACAUUCUGGUUACGUCAAGAAAACUCUUUUUCAAAGCUACCCUUGGAACUGGCCUGUUCUUGGGAUGCUUCCAGGUGUGCUCCUGAGGCUCAGUCGGAUCGAUGAUAUCAUCUGGGUCUUAGAGAAGAACAACUUGACAUUUUCAUUCAAGGGUCCAUGGUUCGCUAGAAUGGAUAUGUUGUUCACGGUUGAUCCAGCUAAUAUACAACAUAUGUUGAGCUCAAAUUUCUCCAACUACAACAAAGGACCGGAGUUCAAAGAGUUAAUAGAUGUUUUCGGAGGCUCAAUAUUAAUCGCCGACGGAGAGCUAUGGAAGAAUCUAAGGAUGUCUUCACAGGCCAUCCUCAGUCGUCAAGGUUUUCAAAAUAUGUCAAUGAGUGUCACAACAAGUAAACUCAAGGACGUGCUUCUUCCUCUUUUCAGUUGCCUUUCAGAGGAUGGGACAAUCGUGGACUUGCAGGAUAUGUUCCAGAGAUUCAUGUUUGAUACAACACUAGUUACAACUAUCGGGUCUGAUCCUCAAUCUCUCUCCACUGAGAUGCCAGAGCUUGAGCUCGCAAAAGCCCUCGAAAAUGCUGGGGAAGCCAUUGUAUUUAGACAUUUAAAUGCUGGGGAAGCCAUUGUAUUUAGACAUUUCAUACCAAGAUUCAUGUGGAAGUUUCAAACAUGGAUGGGACUGGGUCAAGCGAAAAAGUUGAUAGACGCGGGUGCCACUUUUGAUCGAGUCUGUGCCAAAUAUAUAUUAUCAAAGAGAGAAGAGAUACAAGAGAUUGAUCAUCAUCAUGAUCAUUCAAAUGGAGAAAGUGAAGAUGUUUUAACGUAUUUCAUGAAGCUAGAUACAAGCAAGUACGAGCUCUUGAAACCAAGCGAUGAUAAGUUCCUUAGAGACACCAUUGUAGCUAGCAUUCUCGCAAUGAGGGAUACCACUUCCACUGCUCUCACUUGGUUUUUCUGGCUCAUCUCAGAAAAUCCUUACGUGGAAGCCAAGAUUCGCCAAGAGAUCAACAAAAAUCUACCAAAAGCCGAAAGUAGUCUAGAGAGGUCAUGGUCGGCUAUGGAUCGGAAAGAUUAUUUGAACAAGUUAGUGUAUCUACAUGGGGCGUUGUUUGAAACAAUGAGGCUUUAUCCACCAAUUCCGUUCGAGUGCACCUCUCCAAUACAAUCAGAUGUACUUCCAAGUGGACAUAGAAUCGAGGCAAACUUUGCUAUUAUCAUCCCAAUCUAUUUGAUGGGGAGGAUGAAAUCCAUAUGGGGAGAAGACGCGUUGCAAUUUAAGCCAGAGAGAUGGAUUUCAGAGACCGGAAAGUUGAGACAUGAGCCCUCUUCCAAGUUCUUUGUGUUUAACUCCGGUCCAAGAAUUUGCCCUGGUAAGAAUUUAGCUAUUCUUGUAAUGAAGAAUGUAGUCGUGGAGAUAUUACAAAACUAUGACAUUAAGCUAGUCAAAGGACACAAGGUUAAGCCAAAGCCUCGUCUUGUUCUUCAGAUGAAGCAUGGGCUUAGGGUCACCCUUACUAAGAGAUGUUCAGCUUGA